AUCACUUCCUGAUCACCCCAGGACUUUGAUCCGUGAUGUUGAACGGUCUGGUUUCCUUUCAGGAGGACGCCUGCGCAUGACAUCUAUUGAUGCACCUGCAACCCCCUUGAACCUGAAGAUGGAGUACAAGGUGACUGUGGCAGUUGGAACGUCUAUGUAUUCAGGAACCAGAAACUCUGUGUAUGUGACCCUGGCGGGCGAAAAUGGGGAGAGUGAGAAGACUGUGUUGGACAAUUUUGGACUGGAUCUCUCUAAAGGGGCUAAAGAUGAGUACAUUGUGUGCAGUGCUGCCUCCCUUGGCCAGUUGCUUCUAGUAAGGCUAGAAAAGCAAAACUACUGGGUGGAGGACAACUUCUUCUGCCGCUAUGUAACUGUGAAGCCUCCAGGUGGCAGCAGCGCACUGACCUUCCCUUGUUACCGCUGGCUUAUUGGAGACAUGAUCAUCGAGCUGCGAGAGGGCACAGCAAAGAAGCUCAGUGAUGAUUCCUUACCACUGUUAUUGGCACACCGAGAGACUGAGCUCCAAGAAAGACAGAAAAUAUACCGGUGGAAGCAAUUUGCCCUGGAUAUGCCCAGAUGUCUUGAUGUUGAAUCAGAGAAAGAGCUGCCACAGGAUGUGCGUUUUGACAAUGAGAAAAGAAGUGACUAUCAAGCUGCACUGUAUUAUGCGUUGGGUGAGCUGGCUCUAAAGAAACUUGCCAUAAAAUUUGGAGAGUCUUGGAAUGAUCUUGAUGACUUCAAGCGCACCUAUUGGAAAAUUAGAAGUCCCAUUUCUGAGUAUGCAAUGAACCAUUGGACAGAGGACUGGUUCUUUUGCUACCAGUUCCUGAAUGGUCCAAACCCACGCUCAAUCAAACGCUGCAGUGUGCUGCCAGAAAACUUUCCGGUCACAGCCGACAUGGUGCAGAGUGCUCUGGGGGAACACACCUCCCUGGACCAAGAGAUAAAGGCAGGAAAUGUGUACCUAGUGGAUCACGCCAUUUUGGAUGGUAUACCUCCCAAUGUGAUAGAAGGCAAGGCACAACAUGUGACUGCUCCCCUCUGUCUGCUAUAUGACCAUCCUGAGCGCGGACUCAUUCCACUGGCGAUACAGUUGGGACAGACUCCAGGUGUGGACAAACCCAUAUUCCUUCCCAGCGACCCGCCUUUGGCCUGGUUGCUUGCCAAAAUUGGGGUUCGUCAUGCUGAGUUCCAGGUGUUCCAGGUGCUGUCUCACCUGCUGCGCACCCACCUGUUGAUAGAAGUUUUCUGUGUGGCUACACUCCGCCAGCUACCUGCUGUGCACCCGGUCUAUAAGCUACUGACACCUCACCUGCACUACACCCUGGAAAUAAACACUCGAGGACGGGCUCAGCUCAUCUCUUCCGAUGGAGUCUUCCAAAAGGUAUCAUCCACAGGUGGUGAAGGACUUUUGAUCCUGGCCCAGCGUGAGUAUAAGUUUCUGACAUACAGAUCCCUCCAGCCAAACCUGGAUUUCCAUGACCGUGGGGUAACAAAGUUGAAAGGCUACUACUACAUGGAGGACAGCUUGAUGAUGUGGGAUGCCAUCCACAGUUUUGUCUCAGGAGUGGUGUCUCUGUAUUAUGCCAGUGACAAUGAGGUGCUCCAAGACUCUGAACUUCAGGCCUGGAUACGGGACAUUACUCAGGAGGGAUAUGGGGAUAUCCCUCAAUUUGGUCUACCAAGUGAGCUGACAAGCAAGGAGGAGCUGAUCACCCUUUUAAGUGUGGUGAUCUUCACUGCCUCUGUACAGCAUGCUGCCACUAAUAACGGACAGUUUGACUGGUGUGCCUGGGUUCCCAACACCCCCUGCACUCUGCGCCAGCCUCCUCCCACUGACAAGAAUGCAGUCACCAUGGAGAUGAUCAUGAACAGCCUCCCUGAUGUCAGCCAAACCUGUAUGGAGAUGGCAAUCACUUGGCAUUUGGGCCGAUCCCAGCCUGAUGCGAUCCCCAUUGGUCAGUACGUGGAUGAGUACUUUACUGAACCUCGGGCAAAGGAGGUGAUCAAAAGCUUCCAAGAGGAGCUACAGGACAUCGAGAAGAAGAUCAUGAAGAAGAAUGAAGGUCUGGAGUUGCAGUACCUCUACCUGUGUCCAAGCCGUGUAGAGAACAGCAUUACCAUUUAG